CCAUAUCUUCAACCCCAUAUAGUUCCCACUUCGGCGUACCUAGAGUCCUAAACCUCCAAGGACCCCGGCGGCGAUUUGACUCAAAAAGCAGUUACCCAUUGGAUAAAUCUUGUUCCCAAGCAAUUCCAACGACAUAUGUCGGAAGAGUUGCGCAGAAACGCAUAAACUGUCAAUGUGUCUUUCGUUACUUAUAAGCUCGUCUUGAGCGUCGUUUAAAGUUGCGCGAUCCUUGAGGCUCUGCCACAGAAAUGCCAAACUCGAAUUUACGGCUACAGACAGACACUCGAAAUUGACACACUAAUUUAAUUUUCCCUGCUUUCCUAGCGUGACCAGCGCCUUUGGAUGGACAUAUUUCCGUCAAAAGUCCUGUUUCGGCGCCCUCAGACUACAUCUCCAGCAACAGUGAGAGCAGGAAUGGAUCCAUGAUACCUUGUCUAGUAGCUUCUCGGCUGUCACUUUGCCCAGAUUUAUGCACUUCCGGUCUCGAUAUUACCAUGCUAGGACUAGUUAGCCGGGUGCGUGGACCGAUGAUGGGAUCUCAUAAGUCGGCUUGACAAUAUGAAAGUCGGCCCGGGGAUCUCAUUUCGUCUUCCUUUUCUAUAUGUAGCUUGUGAUCCUUGUUAGAUCAGUAGUUCCCUAGGCUUAGUUUUACAUAAGUACUAUUGUAGCCUAUUCAAAUGUCGACUUACCAGUUCUUGCUUUGGUAUGUGGAAUCUCCAGGGAAGUUGACGCUUUCUUGAAAUAUUAUUUCUUCUCGGAACUUUUGCUCAAAUAACCAUCUUCAUUGACUUCUAAAAAGAGGUCUUCAAGUCUCUGAUCAAAUCUUCACCACAAAGACAGCUCUGUAAGAGCACCAAAAUCGGCAAAAUAGCUUCUCAGCUCCGCAUUCAGUCUAUACUCUCGCCUACAGACCCAGAAGGUGACAAAGGAUCCAACGCAUCUCCAAAGGCUUCAACAACCUCAAAAAGGAAACUCGAAGAAUUAUCCUCGGCCCAAGAGGGCACGUCACCGGCGUCAAUCUGGCAUGCUCAAUACGACGAGCAUUCUAGACCUGAUGCCGGUGAGGAUAACUCUGCUGGUCGGCUCACACCAGCCACCUCUGAUGAGAAAGCUGGAAGGAGGGGAUCACGAAUAAAACAACCUAUUCGAUCUAGCAUUGCUUGUCUGAGAUGCCGAAGAUCGAAGAUCAAGUGUGAUAAUGAUGGAGGCAAUAGCCCGUGCGACAUGUGUGUUAAAGGAGGACAUCAGUGCCAAUAUCCAGAAGCAGUUCCACCACCACCAAAACGAAAUAACUCCCCUACAACAGGGAAGCUCGAGAAGGAGCCACAACAGGAGAAGAAAAGAACGAGGAAAGCAGAUGAUGUGUCAAAAUGGGGCAGUGAAAGAUCAGCCGUAUACGCAGCCGAAGUUCUCGCAUACCCCUUUUUAACGACGGAACUAUGGGAUCAGUUGCUCAACAUUUACAAACUACACUAUGCCACAGAGUUACCCUUCCUUCACUUGCCAUCUCUCAAGGAGAAGAUGAGCAGUGGAUCAGGUCAAGGGAAAGAGGACUCAUCAGAGCUGAACUUGGUCUUGCUUGGUAUCCUGAUGCUUACAGUACGUUUUCAUCCCGAUUUGGUACGGUAUGUGACGCAUUUACCAAAUCAACAUGGCGCAAAUAACCGAUCGUCCGCCUCAAAACCCAAGCCUGGACCGUUACACGCCUCGAAUUUCUUCGCUACUGCACUCACAACAGCUCUGGGCCCCCUCAGGACAGUCAUGGAUACUCUCACGGUCGAAAGAGUACAAUCUUUCCUGAUGCUUGGGUUAUUCGAGUGCAGCCAAGAGAAUAACUCCAGUGCUUGGAUGUGUCUUGGAAUAGCCAUUCGCAUGGCUAAGCUGAUGAGGCUAGAGCAAGAUGACCGACGAAUGGCUAUACUGGAAAACCAAGCACCCGACACAAACCGAUUCGAGAGGAAAUCGCCAGAGAUUGCGAUAAUAAGAGAGACGCGGAGACGGACGAUGUACAGCUGCUUCAUUCUAGAUCGUUUGAUGAGCUGUGGGGGCGAGCGACCGCUAAGCAUUGCAGUUGAGAGCAUGUCGAUCCAGUUGCCAUGUUCUGAAAUGGCCUUUGAUCUGUCUCUUCAAGUCUACACUGGACUAUUGCAACCACACGAAGGAUCAAAUCAGCAAAAGAUCAACGAUGAUAGCACGUUAAGCCGAUUUGUCAAGCUGAUUGAGAUAUGGGGCGAGAUUUCGAAAUACAGCUCGAUGGGUGGCCGAUCACAAGAAGCACAUCCUCCAUGGGACCCUAAAUCGACUUUCUACAAGUUACGAGAGAAGAUGAUUGCGUUCGACAGAGAUCUCCCAGACACCUUCACACUAUCUCGACAGAAUUACUACCGACAUGAUAAUCACCAGGCUACCAACACCUAUGUGUCGCUGCAUAUGCUGGCCUCAGUUUGUCAUAUUGUUCUCAACCGAGAAUAUCUUCCGUUUCUACCCCUGCGAUGCGCCGGGCCUCAUGGAUCCCCCGUAGUCAACCAAACUAUACUCAACUUUGCGCCAGAUCGGUUCUGGGAAGAUAGCGCACAAGACGUCUUUCAGUCAUCUCGCAACAUCAUCGAUUUGGUUGGCCUCAGCAAAGAAAAGCUGCCUUUGUCCUCGCUGUCGAUAUUCUCCAUCUGGCUCGCCGGGUUCAUGUCUAUAUACGUUCACCACUUCCCACAGAUGGAUGCGAGCCAUCGAUUGGGGAGUGAACAGGCUGAGAGUCCUCAUAUGGGAGAGAAUUUGAGUAUACUCGAACAGGGGCAGGCUGGGACAGCAUGUCAGGCAUUACGAAGAGCUGCAACUUACUUACCCAGCGCGCAAAGAUGCCUGGAUAACUUUGAGGCGGUAGACCGAUGUUUUACACAAGCAAAGAACUCGAUGCAGGGAUCGCUGAGUCUUAGGUUUGGCGGAGUUGGCCACGGGAGUGAGUUCAACCAGACAGGAUCGCAAGAUAAACAGCGAGGAGGAGAAUUCGAUAUGCAUCGCAAAAGUUCAAGUCCUAGGUCAGUGUCUCCGAAGAUGAGAAACUCGCCCUGGCCCACGCUGGAAGAACGCUCCAAGCCCAACUCAUCAACGUCAAAGAGCCAACUCUCGCUGCCUGGGAUUGAUGAAGGACUUUUAGCAGUGGACACACCGAAGCUCGUAUUGGGCAAUAUUGAGACCUUGGAGUCGGGAAGGAUGAGUCGGAUACUGAAUGAUUUGGAAGGCUUCUCGGGUGCAGGUUCUUUGAGAGUUGCCUUUUCGCAAUAGACAGAAGCUCGGUUUUGGAGUUCUGUUUGGUAUUUCUAUACGGCGAAUACAUACAUGUAUAAUGAACUGACGGCCGGAAUAGGGUAGAGGUUAUGGCAUGGACAUUAGGUAGCAUUUCAGCUAGACUGCCUAGCAGGAGUCGCAUUGAUCUUUUACCAUCUGGCAUGUUAUGUAUAUACCCUUGCGCAACGAGAAAGCGAGUUUUUCGCAGUGAAGCUUGGGAUCAAGGUUCUGGAGCGUUGAGAGUGAGGCAGAGGCAGAGGCAGAGGCA